ACAAAAAGACUUUUCUAAUAUUAAUGUCACUUGGAAUAAGCUUGACUGUGUAGCCUACACACACAGUGGAGCUAUUAUAAACAUUGCCACUUCAGUUCAUAAAAUUUUUAAUAAACUUUUUCAUCCACCAUGCUAUGAAAAUAUUAGAGCAGAACUUGAAAGUGCUCGAUCUAAUAAUUUGCCUACAGCAAUAAAGGGUUACUGUGAAUGGGAUAACAAUGCUAUUUCUUAUAAAAUCGAUGAAUCUCCAGCUGUAAUAACAUUCAUUGAAGUUGAAAAUCAGAAACGUCUUUCUGCAAGAUAUUUAUUGAGAAGGAACUGUAAAAGAAUCCGUAAUAAGGUUAGAGUUGAAGCAUUAGUUAUUAAAGAAAUGGAUUUUAAUGCAAUUGCUACUUCUCAGAAACUUAGCCCUAAAGAAGCUGAAAUUGUUAAAUUUGACCAAGAACAUUCUAUAGCAAAUACUAUGGUACUUAAACAUUUUAUUUGCGAAAUCUUUAUGGUGGUAAAGAUGCAUGGCUAUGAUGAAGAGAAUGCAAUGGAAGAGUUAAAAGCCAAGGAUAUUACACAAUGGGAAAUUACCUGCUAUAAAGCUAAAAUGAAUCUGAAAAAAUCAGUGAUAGAGGACUUGCAUAAAUCUUAUUCAGCAAAUUACUAG